AUGAAUGUCUGCCAAGCAGUGAAUAGUGCCCUACAUAUCGCUAUGGAAACGGAUAAAACGGCCAUGAUUAGUUUUGAAAACCUAAUAAAAACUAUUUUACGGAUAGUGAGAUUUGGUAGCGUGGGAGAUCGGUUUUUCAAUACACCAUUAUGCGAGCAAGGUAUCGUUGGGUUCGGCAUAGGCGUAGCUGUAGGUGGAAGUACUGCGAUAGCUGAGGUCCAGUUCAGUGACUAUAUAUUUCCGGCGUACGAUCAGUUGGUAAAUGAAGCAGCCAAGUAUCGAUAUCGUAGCGGUGGUAUGUUCAACUGUGGUGCUCUGACAGUCAGGUCCACCUAUGGAGCAGUCGGGCACGGUGGCUUGUAUCAUUCGCAAAGCCCGGAAGCACAUUUCACGCACACCCCGGCCUUAAGGUUGUUAUCCCCCGUGGCCCCAUUCAAGCAAAGGGACUCUUGUUGUCCUGCAUUCGCGAUCCGAAUCCAUGUAUAUUUUUCGAGCCUAAGCACAAUUCAAGGUUCUAUAUCGAAUGAGCAGCAGAAACGUCGCGACAGAGGACUAUUACAAUUGCCGAGCGUGGAGAAGACAGGGCGACUCAUAGUUACUCACGAGGCACCAAUAACGAGUGGCUUUGGAGCUGAAAUUGCUGCUGCCAUACAGCGACGAUGCUUCCUGCAUCUGGAAUCACCAAUUGAGCGAGUGUGCGGCUUUGACACGCCAUUCCCACACGUUUUCGAGCCAUUCUAUUUACCAACGAAAUGGAGACUUUUCGAUGCCAUCAAAAGAGCGUCAAGUACUAUUACAUGUAACAAGUUUAGAAAGGUGGGCUUGUGUGUAUAG